AUGUCAACUGAAUUAUCUAUUGUCAAUAUAGAAGAUUAUCCAUUUAUAACUUCAAUCGAAGAAACUUUUCUUCUGGGAAGACAUCUUUGUACAGGUAUAAUCAUAACAUUAACAUGGAUAUUAACGGCUUCUCAAUGCUUACUCCAUCAAGGAUCCGAAAAUUAUACGAAAGAUGAACUUUUAAGAGAUCCAGCAUAUUAUGAAGUGGUUACAGGUGUUGAAAGCACAGGAUACGGAAAAAAAUCAGCUUGUAAAUUUUUCAUAGUACAUGAAAAUUCUUCAACUGGUCCUACCAAUUUCGAUUAUGGAGUUGCUCUUAUUGGUCUUAAAGAUCUUCUGACUCAAUCUACCAGUGUUAAGCCGAUUCAGUACUCAGGCCUUCAGACAGAUAUAUUUGGUGAACAAUGUAAAGUUAUCGGCUGGCUUAAAAGUGAUGAGGAACAAGAUUAUGUCAAAGCCUUUAAACUCAUUUCAUUCAACGUUACUGCCCUUUAUGAUAAUGAAUGCAAGUUUAUUCAAGAACAAGUUAAUAUCACCCAAAGUGAUCAAUAUAUCUGUUUGCAGGCCAAUUCUGACUUUCGCUGGCUGGACAUUGCUGCUGCGGUGAUCUGCUCCAGAUCUGAUGUCGUAGAAGCAAUAGUUGUUUCUAGAAUUGAUUCAGAAUCUCCAGAUUCUCUCAGUAUAUUUCUGGCUAUCAGACUUGAUUAUAGUGCUGUUUGGAUUGCAACCAGGACUGCAAUACCGUCUACGAAGUUGAAGCAAACGGACCACAAAUUGGGAUAG